AUUAAUGCUGAAUCCUCCGUUACGAUGCAGCAGAGUUACAGUCCUUACACUGACAGAGGAGCUGUGGGACGUAACAGCUGACCGCUGAUUUGAACCGCAAGUGAUGGAAAAGACCGAGACAUUUUCAGACAUCUACCUCGUCUCUCACCACACCGGUAUCGUCCUCCUUGUCUCGUGGAUGUACGUCUGCGGGACACCCACUGAUUUCACCAACUAUGGAUUGUUUAAUUGAAGUUGGGCCACCUGAUCCUGUUUGCGCUUUGACAACCGGCCAACAUUAGAGCAAGCUAAGUCGUUGUGGACAGUUGUGCAACUCGUGCAUUUCCUGCUCAGAGAACUGGUGUCAAAAGCAGAGAUUCAAUCUCAGGAUCUAUUUGCGCGUAAAAGGACGUGGACAGAACGUUUUCAUGCAACGCUGCCUGAAAUACACCGCGCUAUGUUUUAGUAAUUAUGGGGAAAUCUGUAGUUAGAAUAGAGGGUGUGUAUGUGUGACUGUUUUGUUUCUGCCGGCUUUGAUGCGAGAGUGGCGGCCAGCUUUUAUUGCGCGCACCAAUUGUGUGUUUAGCCGCUCCGUGACCACAGGCGAUCCAGCUCAGCAGGACCUGCAAUCUUUCAAAGGCAACAGGCCUCAGCAACCUCUGUGAAAGGUUUCACGGAAAAAUCAUUUUUCCAAGUCCUGUAAUUUCAACUUUCUCUCUAACCAAGAGAGUUUUUCAAGCUGCAUCGAAGUGCACCUGUGAGGCAGGAGUAAGCCAUGGCUUUACCAGAUAGUGGCAUGUCUGGGGAGGAGGUACCCUUCCCAGAGAUUAUAGAGCUCAAUGUUGGUGGCCAGGUGUACAUAACCCGCUAUUCUACUCUCACAAGUGUGCCUGAGUCCCUGCUGUGGGAGAUGUUCAGUCGGAAGUCAGCCAAAGGAUUGGCCAGGGACACCAAGGGUCGCUUCUUUGUGGACCGUGACGGCUUCCUGUUCCGAUACAUCCUGGACUACAUGCGGGACCAGCAGCUGGUUCUUCCAGACCACUUCCCUGAGCGUGGGCGUCUGCAGAGGGAGGCUGAGUUCUUCAACCUCCCAGAGCUUGUCAAACUACUAGCACCCAAAAUCAGCAAGCAGAACUCACUUGGCGACGAGGGAUGUCAGAGUGACCCAGAGGACUCCUCACCUGGGUUUGACACGGCCCGUAAUCUCAGCUCCCUGGGUGCUGCUGCCGCUGCCUGUGCCAGCCUGGUGCCCGGUGCCAUGGAUGGCAAACGCUCCGGGUUCAUCACUAUCGGCUACAGAGGCUCAUACACCCUUGGCCGUGAUAGCCACACCGAUGCUAAAUUCCGCAGGGUGGCAAGGAUCAUGGUGUGUGGGAAGACCUCUUUGGCCAAAGAGGUGUUUGGGGAGACGCUGAACGAGAGCCGUGACCCCGACCGCCCCCCUGAGCGCUACACAUCCCGCUACUAUCUCAAGUUCACCUUUCUGGAGCAGGCUUUUGACAAGCUGGCUGAUGCAGGCUUCCACAUGGUGGCCUGUAAUUCCACAGGAACCUGCGCCUUUGCCCAUGAGCAGACGGACGACAAGAUCUGGACCAGCUACACUGAAUAUGUGUUCUACCGUGAGUGAGACUACCGGCUUUGUUCCCCUGGUCCCCCCCCCUGCCUCCAAGUGCCCCCCCCCCCCCCCCCCCCCAGCCUCCAGUCAUCCUGUCCUCUCUCUGAUGGCGCCUGCACAAGUAGAUGUCUGUAGAUGUCGUGCCCUUCCAUCACUCUCUGCAGCCUCCAGCUUUUCUCCUGUGAACAUUACCCAGCAGCUGCUCUGACUCUGCAGGUCGAAUCUGCAGCCCCCCCCCCCCCCCCCCCCCCCCCCCAACCCCAGAUUCAUCCCCCUCAUCCUCAGGCAAAGCUUUUGCCCUUGCCUAAACCGCCGCUCUAUCUAGCUGUAGUCCCCAGUCCUUCACCAGAGCAACCCCACAGCCUUUCCUGCAGAGACUGAUACCUUCUAUGUACUAUUUCCCUUUUGUACUAUAUAUAUUGCAUCUGCCUUGGUGAAGCACAAUACUGUAUCCAAGCGCUAAUUUUGUUAAUCAAGCGCCCCGGUGUGUCUAUAUGACUAUUGAACCAGUCAUAAGGGCAUAAAGGAAAGGGCUUCAAAGAGUGGCCGUGAUGUACAGUGCUAUACUUGGCCUGCUUACUCGAGCAGAUCGGACUCUCCUGCUCCUCUGAACUAAACUACCAAAUAAUUGGACAUCUUAUCAGCCUUGAGGGACGUGAGCAGCCCCAGCACAAGAAAAAAUCUAAUUUCCUUCAGUUUUUAUUAAAUGUGUUCAGAACCAGGUGGUUGGGAACGUGCCAUGUUGUAGUAGUUUAUGUGUACAGUUGUUAUGAAUGAAUGAGGGCUGUGAUAAUACAGCCACAUGGACAGGGGGAGAAAAAAAGCGUGAACUUUUUUAUUUUGAAACAGAAGACUAGAUUGUAGGUGUGUGGAGUUUCAAUUUUCAGAAAGACGCUGGCCGUGUGGCAAAUCAACAAGCAACAGGCUUUGAUUUUUGAAAAACAUGAAAGCUCUAAUAUCAAGAGAUCUCUCAGACAGAAAGACAAGAAGGUUGCCAGAUGAAGUGUGUAUUGAUUGUGCGAUGGAGCUUUCAGUAUUUUAAUCACUCACACUGGGAGGGCAGUGGAGAUGCAAGGUGUUACAUCACACAGCCCACUUCUCCAUUUUUUUUGCUCAUUGUGCUUUUUUGACAUUUGUUGGCUCAAUUACAUAUUUAAGAGCAUUUUAACAUUGAAGCGUUAUUUUUGGAACAGGCUUACACCAUGAGUACACGUCCCCUAAAAAAUAGUGAUAGUCAACUUAGCGGAUCACGUUUUGAGUGUUCUGUAAACAAUACAGUUAUUCUUAAUACUCAACUCAGUAUUAGUUGAAGAUGUUGCGUAUUUGAUGAUAGCUCUCCCUCACUGCAAGUGAAUACCCAUGAGAAAGGGUAGGAUUAUGCUGUUGCCAGAAAGGCGUUUCCAGAUAUAGCCUCAGGACAGGUCUGCACAUCAUAUACCUCAGACUAAAACACAAGCUGAAGGCACUUCAAUCCAACAAAAGAUAUAGCUGACGACGUCACAAUGCAGACUCAUUUAGAACAUGUAGAUGCUGUUAUAAGAAUGACGAGUAAGAGGUUGCAUAUAAAAUGGAUUUUGAGCUGAGAAACAGCCACCGAGGCAGUAUACUGGAGGAUUUCUCCUGAGUUAGAAUGUGUCGGUUGUAGUUUUGGCAGAGCGUCAGUUUUUAUUGACAGUGACAAUAAAUGUAUUCUGAAAUGUCUACAAACCGCAAUGUUGUGUUUCAGUGUGAUGAAGUGCUGUUGACAUCUGAGUCAAUAUGUUAGACUUGCUGCAGUGUGUUGCUGCAAGCGUGGACAACACUGAAAUUAAAAGUGUUCAGCAAAAAGCAAAGUGAUUUGUCAAAUAAAAGGUGUUUUCUUUCUA